UCUGCUGAGGGAGCCUGCCUGCUGUCACAUGUGUCUGCGCUCACUUCCUCUGUACUCGGGCUUCACUGGAGACAGACACAACCCUACACUCUCUCACCCCAUCUGGACCUGCAGGAGCCCCUAUGGAAUCUGGCCUCUCAAUCUCUACACCUCUUUUCUGAUUAAGAUCAUCUACAAGGAUCUGAUUCCAAAUACAAAGCCUUCAGAGGGAAACUCAAGGGAGUAGCGAUGGAAAUACUUGGAAUGAAACAAUGAAAGUGGUCUCACAUGCUGUACGAAGUGAAAGAAAAUACUUCCUGGAGGAAAAUGCUGUGUUUGAAAGGCACUCUACGGGGCUCAUCUUAUCUCAAGGUCAGUUCCUGGCUAAGGAACGAGGAGAUCCUUGUGCUCUGUGGGAUGAGAGUUCAACUGUGGGGCAUUAGCUGAUCCUUCAUCAUCUCCCCCUCGUCCUCCUCCCGCUCCCCCUUUCAUCCCAGACACACCAUGUGGAUAUUAUCUUUAGUCCUUUGGAUUCUCAAUGUCACCAAUCUCACUCAUGGUUAUGACUAUGAUGAGUACCCGGGCGAGGAGGACACAAAGGCCCCACUGGUUGGCGAAGGUAUUAGUGGUUUGGACACUGUCUCCAAUGUGGACGAGCUGGUGGAGCUGUUGUACCCAGAAUACAGUCUGGUGCAGCACUGCCUACGUAGGAAAGCCUUGCGCACCUCCCCUCCUCUCCAUGCUGAAGACGAUAUCUGGGCCUGGGGCAAGCCCAGGGAGCUGGCACUGGUCAAGUCUGACAGCACCAUUGAAGUCAUUCUGGAGGAGAUCCAGCGUACCAUGUGUACUCCUCGGGAGGUGUGUCUGGAGGUGUCUAAGGAGUACCCGGAGAGCACCAGUCACUUCUACGUGCCUCGCUGUGUGUCUGUGCACCGCUGUGGGGGCUGCUGUCCCCAGGAGGGUCUGUACUGCACCAACACCAGCCACAUCUACAUCAACAAGACGCUGGUGGAGUUGUCUCACCGUGACCGCUCUAUGGUGAUGGUGGCGUUCGUCAACCACACGUCCUGUGAGUGUCUGUCCAAGAGGCCCCUGCACUCCGUCAUCAGGAGGGCCGCUGCAGCUCACCUCACCGUGUGUUCCCCGCCAGAUGUUCCCUGCAGUACAGGACUGGCCUGGGACCCCACCAGCUGCCUGUGUGUUCCCAUGGACACAAGCUCCUUCUCAGAGAGAGAGCUAGAGCCCCUGGAGUCAGCCUUGCUGGAGCUGUGUGGCCCCAACAAAGUCCUGGAUGAGGACAGCUGUGAGUGUGUGUGUCAGAACGGUCUGACGGAGGCCAGCUGUGGGCCAGGCUGGCGUCUAGACCAAGAGUCCUGUGAGUGUCUCUGUGAGGACCAGCCCGGCUCAGGGACCUGCCCACCCAACCAACGCUGGGACCCAGAUCUGUGUGGCUGUGUGUGCCGGGCAGAGUGCCCCCGUAGUCAGCCUCUCAACCCAGAGACGUGCCUGUGCCAGUGCAGGGAGAGUCCUCACACCUGCCUGCUGCAAGGCAAGAGGUUCAACGCACACAAUUGCAGCUGUUACCGGCUGCCCUGCAGAAAGCCACACAAGAACUGUCCAACUGGCUUCUACUACAGCCACUACGUCUGCCAGUGCAUACCCAACCACAUGAGGUCAGAGGAGUGGAACUGACAAAGCUGGUGUCACUAGCACUGGUGCCAAAUUGCAAUGUACUGUAACUGUAUGGUGAAAUAGAGCAGAAAUGAAGGCUGACCUGACCACAACCAUUGUCCACAUGGGCCGGGAAUAGAGAAGAAGGUGUGGCAGAGAGGACACUGACCAAAUGGUAUUCUAUACUCAACAAUAAUAUAAACACAACAUGUAAACUGUUGGUCCCAUGUUUCAUGAGCUGAAAUAAAAGAUCCCAGAAAUUUGAUAUUUGCACAAAAAGCUUAUUCCCCCCCCCCCCCCCCCCAAAAAAAAAACACACAUUUGUUUACAUCCCUCUUAGUGAGCAUUUCUCCUUUGCCAGGAUAAUCCACCCACCUGACAGGUGUCACAUAUCAAGAAGCAGAUUAAACAGCAUGAUCAUUACACAGGUGCACCUUGUGCUGGGGACAAUAAAAAGUCACUACAAUGUGCAGUUUUGUCACACAACACAGUGCCACAGAUGUCUCAAGUUUUGAAGGAGCGUGCAAUUGGCAUGCUGAAUGCAGGAAUGUCCACCAGAGUUGUUGCCAGAUAAUUUAAUGUUAAUUUCUCUACCAUAAGCCAUCUCCAACGUGGUUUUAGAGAAUUUUGCAGUACGUCCAAACGGCCUUACAACCGCACACGUGUAACCACGCCAGCCCAGGACAUCCACAUUCGGCUUCUUCACCUGCGGGAUUGUCUGAGAUCAACCCCUUGGACAGCUGAUGACACUCAGGAUUAUUUCUGUCUUUAAUAAAGCACUUUUGUGGGGGGAAACUCAUUCUGAUUGGCUGGGCAUGGCUCCCAAGUGGGUGGGCCUAUAACCACCCAGGCCCACCCAUGGCUGCGCCCCUGCCCAGUCAUGUGAAAUCCAUAGAUUAGGACCUAAUGAAUUUAUUUCAAUUGACUAAUUUCCUUAUAUGAACGGUAACUCAGUAAAAUCACUGAAAUUGAUGCAUGUUGCUUUAAUAUUUUUGUUCAGUAUAUUUCUACGUCUGUGAGGAGGAGCCAUUUAACUGAUACAGCUGUGAGGAGUCCCCAAAUUUUUUCACUCAGGGCCCCCUAAUACAAAAAUGUUAGCUGACAUGCCCCCUUCCCCCUCUGCCGACCGCCCCACAGUUUGGAAGCCACUGAUUUAACUAAUUCAGCUAAGAGGAGUCAUUUAACUAAUUCGGCACAUGAGAAUGUACUGAAAUGGUCCGCAAAAGAGUAAGCAACUUGUAACAGAUGACUUGUGUUUUUAUGUCACUAAAAUAACAUGUAAUGAACGAACCCAGUCCUUUGUAACAAUCAGUGUGUUAUAAAUUAUAAUGUUUUGAUCUGUGAAAAGUGACAAAGCAACUCGCUGUAACUUUUGUAAUAAAUACCAACAAUAGCUAUGUUUGCAAUGUACAGCAAGUGCGUAGGCUAUAUGUAUCUCGAAACCCUUUCACAUUCCCUCUACAACACAACAUGGAGACUAGACUGUGGGAAUAUUUUCAUAUAUUCUCCUGAUAGGCCAUGAUCAACAUGUUCUCCAUCUUCAGGCCAGGGAACAAAAAUGGAGCACAGUCCCCAUUCCACAAUUAUCAACAUUAUGUAAUUGUCUACAUACUGCAGUCAUGGACAUCAUUGACAUUGCCUCAGAUACAGUGGCUUGUGAAAGUAUUCACCCCCAAUGGCAAUUUUACUAUUUUGUUGCCUUACAACCUGGAAUUAAUUUUUUUUUUUGUGUGUGUGUGUGUGUGGGGGGGGGUUGUAUCAUCUGAUUUAUACAACAUGCCUACCACUCUGAAGAUGCUAAAUAUUUUUUAUUGUGACACAAACAAGAAAUAAGACACAAAAAAAUGAAAACUUGAGCGUGCAUAACUAUUCACUGCACAAUUACAGCUGCAAGUCUCUUAGGGUUUGUCUCUAUAAGCUUGUCACGUCUAGCCACUGGGAUUUUUGCCCAUUCUUCAAGGCAAAACUGCUCCAGCUCCUUCAAGUUGGAUGGGUUCCGCUGGUGUCCAGCAAUCUUUAAGUCAUCAGACAGAUUCUCAAUUGGAAUGAGGUCUGGGCUUUGACUCGGCCCUUCCAAGACAUUUAAAUGUUUCCCCUUAAAUCACUUAAGUGUUGCUUUUGCAAUAUGCUUAAGGCCAUUGUCCUGCUGGAAGGUGAACCUCUGUCCCAGUCUUAAAUCUCUUGAAGACUGAAACAGGUUUCCGCCAAGGAUUUCCCUGUAUUUAGCGGGAUCCAUCAUUCCUUCAAUUCUGACCAGUUUCCUAGUCCCUGCCGAUGAAAAACAUCCUCAGCAUUAUGCUGCCACCACCAUGCUUCACUGUGGGGAUGGUGUUCUCAGGGUGAUGCGAGGUGUUGGGUUUGUGCCAGACAUAGCGUUUUCCUUGAUGGCCAAAAAGCUCAAUUUUAUUCUCAUCUGACCAGAGUGCCUUCUUCCAUAUGUUUGGGGAGUCUCCCACAUGCCUCUUGGCGAAAACCAAAUGUUUGCUUCUUUUCUUCUUUUCUGGCCACUCUUCCAUAAAGCACAGCUUGUGGAGUGUACUGCUUAAAGUGGUCCUAUGGACAGAUACUCCAAUCUCAGCUGUGGAGCUUUGCAGCUCCUUCAGGGUAAUCUUUGGUCUCUUUGUUGCCUCUCUGAUUAAUGCCCUCCUUGCCAGGUCUGUGAGUUUUGGUGGGCGGCCCUCUCUUGGCAGGUUUGUUGUUGUGCCAUAUUCUUUCCAUUUUUAAUUAUGGAUUUAAUGGUGCUCCGUGGGAUGUUCAAAUCUUCUGAUAUUUUUUUAUAGCCCAACCCUGAUCUGUAUUUCUCCACAACUUUGUCCCUGACCUGUUUGGAGAGCUCCUUGGUCUUCAUGGUGCCGCUUGCUUGGUGGUGCCCCUUGCUUAGUGGUGUUGCAGACUCGGGGGGCCUUUCAGAACAGGUGUAUAUAUACUGAGAUCAUGUGACACUUAAAUAAAGUCCACCUGUGUGCAAUCUAACUAAUUAUGUGACUUCUGAAGAUAAUUGGUUGCACCAGAUCUUAUUUAGGGGCUUCAUAGCAAAGGGGGUGUAUACAUAUGCACGCACCACUUUUCUGUUUUUUAUUUUUUUGAAACAAGUUACUUUUUUCAUUUCACUUCACCAAUUUGUACUACAAAAAUCAAUUUAAAUUACAGGUUGUAAUGCAAUAAAAUAUAAAAAAUGCCAAAGGGGAUGAAUACUUUGCAAGGCAGUGUACAGUAUGUGCUGCAUUUAAAAUGAGUUUAAAAAAAUGACAUUUAUAUUUAUUGUAAGUGACCCUGCACCUCUCUGAGAUGACAAAGUCAUGAUGUAAUUGGGAAGGAAGAAAAUAAUAAUUAAAAUGUAAGACCCAUGCAUAUACUGUAUUGUACAAAAUGUGUGACUUAACUUGUGUGACAUACUGUAGUCAGUGGUGACUGUGAAUGAAAAGUGUGUGUCUACACUACAUGGCCAAAAGUAAGUGGAACAAUUCAUUCCAAAAUCAUGGACAUUAAUAUGGAGUUGGUCCCCCAUUUUGGUGCUACAACAGCAUCCAGUCUUCUGGGAAGACUUCCCACUAGAUGUUGGAACAUUGCUGUGGGGACUUGCUUACAUUCAGCCACAAGAGCAUUAGUGAGGUCGGGCACUGAUGUUGGCCGAUUAGGCCUGGCUCGCAGUCUGCGUUCCUAUUCAUCCCAAAGGUGUUCAAUGGGGUUGAGGUCGGGGCUCUGUGCAGGCCAGUCAAGUUCUUCCACACAGAUCUUGACAAACCAUUUCUGUAUUGACCUAGCUUUGUGCACGGGGGGCAUCGUCAUGCUGAAACAGGAAAGGGCCUUCCCAAAAUGGUUGCCACAAAGUUGUAAGAACAGAAUCGUCUAGAAUGUCAUUGAAUGCUGUAGCGUUAAGAUUUCCCUUCACUGGAACUAAGGGGCCUAGCCCGAACUAUGAAAAGCAGCCCCAGACCAUUAUUCCUCCUCCACCAAACUUACAGUUAGCACUAUGCAUUGGGGCAGGUAGCGUUCUCCUGGCAUCCGCCAAACCCAGAUUCGUCAGAUGGUGAAGCGUGAUCCAUCACUCCAGAGAACAAGUUUCCACUGCUCCAGAGUCCAAUGGCGGCGAGCUUUACACCACUCCAGCCGAUGCUUGGCAUUGUACAUGGUGAUCUUAGGCUUGUGUGCAGCUGCUCAGCCAUGGAAACCAUUCCAUGAAGCUCCCGACAAACAGUUAUUGUGCUGACGUUGCUUCCAGAGGCAGUUUGGAACUCGGUAACCAAGGACAGACAAUGUUUACGCGCUACGCGCUUCAGCACUCUGCGUUCACAUUCUGUGAGCUUAUGUGGCCUACCACUUCGCAGCUAAUCCACUGUUGCUCCUAAAUGUUUCCACUUCCAUAACAACACCCACAGUUGACCGGGGCAGCUCUAGAAGGGCAGAAAUGCGACAAACUGACUUGUUGGAAAGGUGGCAUCCUAUGACGGUGCCACGUCGAAAGUCACUGAGCUCAUCAGAACAGGCCAUUCUACUGCCAAUGUUUGUCUAUGGAGAUUUCAUGGCUGUGUGCUCGACUUUAUUACACCCGUCAGCAAUGGGUGUGGCUGAAAUAGCCAAAUCCACUCAUUUGAAGGGGUGUUCACAUAUUUUUGGCCACGUAGUGUAUGUGUUUUUAAUGUCUUAUCAUAUUUGUAUGGUAUUUAAAAUAAAACUUGAUUGGCUUUGG